AUGCGUUAUUGUGUUACAAUGGGUCGUGGUAUGGAACCGUUCGUGAGGAAACAACUGGAACAAAUUCAGGAUGUGAAAAUUGAUGAAAUUAUUAUGGAAGGCAAAAUGCUGUUUGAUGCGAGCAAUUCCAAUAAACUGUACAAUUUACGGUGUGUGGAAAGAUUGUUCAUGGUAGCAGCUUUCGAAAUGAUCGAUCGCAGCUGGAAUAAGCGACAGCUAUUCGAUAAGCUGUUCAGUUUGUGUGGUAGGAAUUCCAAUUCCUCGUUGAAUUCUACUUGUGAAGCAGCUUUCAAUUCUUUGCUUUGUUGUGAAGAGCCAACACAUAGUAGAACUUUCCGUGUAUCGCUCAAAACAACUGGAAAAUGGCGCCGGAAAAUUGAUACUGAGAAGCUCUCUGCAAGUAUUGCUCGUCACAUCAAACAAAUGUCUGGUUUCAACAGUUCACUUCAUUUUGCUGCUAUUGAAAUUUGUGUACAUUUGUCAGAAAAAUACAUCUUCAUUGGUAUACCGAUCACUCGAGAACGUUUGUCUCAGCGACGUUAUUUGCUGAACAAUUCACUGCGUUCAACAACAGUAGAUGCUAUGUUAUCCAUGGCCAACAUUCAAGAUGGUGACAUUGUUGCUGAUCUGACAUGUGGUUCUUCUUCUAUCUUGUUGCAAGCAGCACACGAUUUCCAUGAUAGGGGAAGCUAUUUUCUCAAUUUCAUUAGAAAAUUAGUAAAUUAA